AUGGCGAGGCCUACCCCGACCAAAACUUGCCCUCGAUGUGGCAAAUCCUGCCCAGAAGACCAGUUCCGGUCUGAUAACGGCACUCGCAUGCUGAAGUUGUGUUUUCCGUGUCGAAAUAGCUCGAGGAUUUCGCAUAGGAAGAGACGCGUAAAGUUGGAGAAUGAGGCAAAAAGACGUGAAGAGGAAACGUUGAACCGGUUGAAGAAACGUCAUCCUGAACCAGCUCCAGCUUCAGCUUCAGCUCCAGCUCCAGCCCUAGCAACGCCUACGCCUGCCCGUCCUGUGAUACCCGCUCCAACUCCUGUCCCCCCCUCGGCUGCAGGUCGAAUUACCAGCCAAAAUCCCUCGCCUGGUCGUCAUCUGGCAGAUUUUCUAUCCGAAGUCAAGGGUAACAGCCGUGAGACACUGACUCCAGCUCCCACUGUCUCCAAUGAUGUGAGUUGUAUCCAUCUAUCGCUUUUUGACCUACCAAACGUUGACAAAGAGGGGAUUAGCCCAGAAAAGAAGACCCCAGAACUCCCUCUCCAUUUCCAGGCCAAAAAGCGCCGGCUCGAAGCAACUGCAUUAUCGGCACUUCGCGCCAACGAGAAGAAUUCCCAUCAGCAUCUUCUUUCGCUUUUUCUUUCUUCGCCAACAAAGAUGGAAGGAGAUAUCCAGGCUGCCAAUUUAAACACCAGUAAACCUGCUAUAGGAGAGAAGUCAAGCGCUCGGAGAACUGUUAAGGAGGAAAUUUUCCAGCGCGUCGCCUCUGCUGCUGCUGCUGAUGAUGAUGAUGAUAGAGAGGCGACGGCACCUUUGGGUACACCAGCGCCGGAUGUGGAGUAUGAUAUUCAGGUCAAGGAUCAUGGGGAGGAAGCAGAUGAAGAAGAAGAGGAGGAGGAAGAGGAGGAAGAGGGAAAAGAGGAAGAAAAACAAAACCCCCAGAGACACAUUGUGUGCAGAUUUUAUAUCUACACUGGUCGUGCCUAGAUCGUUGUUUCUGUAGAGGGAAGAUUCAAUCUUGUUGCACGCUGGAGGAUGAAAGUAAGGUCCAUUGGAGGAUAUGGUCUGAUGUAUGCUAGGAUAUGAAGUGAUUGUCCGUUGAAGAGGAACGAGACACAGUAGAAACUGAUUUACUGUGUACGUACCUCAGAUGAGGCUUCUCGGACAGCUCACCUACGAUGGUUCUUUCCUCCGUUAGUCGACUCUGGCCUUCUAUUCUCCUGUCCAAAAUAUCUUCAUUUUGAC